CCCGAUUUGACCCGCACUUAGUACUGGGGCGAGUAUGAGUAUUGUAGUUGACGCCCUCGCUUUCGCCUCUCCCAAUUGCCAUCACUGAGAGAUUGACAAUUCUAAUUUGUGGUCACGGUUCUUAAGUUUCGAUUACUAUUGAGCCGCUAUUAUCAUGGUUGCAUGCCGUUCGGUUGUAUUGGGUUCAACUGGCGUCGAUCGCAAAACGAUUUGAAUGCUUCCUCAUAUGACUAGUAUGAUUGAUUUUACUUCUAAACAAAAUUAUGGCGUUGUUAAAAAUUUAGUUAACAAAAAAAAAUAUUUGUUUAUUUAAUUUGGAAGUUAAAUGUUGAUGUUAUUUGUUGGAUUGAAGUAUGAAAUAUGAAUGUUUAGAUGUUUAUGUUAUUUGUUUUAUUCAAAUCUCAAGUAUAAAUGUUUCGAAGUUGGUGUUAAAUGUUAUAUUUAAAUAUAAUACUUUUCAUUUGGGACGAGUUAUGGUGACAACCCCUUAAGGGGUUGUGGGUUUGACAACCCACUUUAUAGCCAUUAGAUGUAUUAUCUCUCUUGUCUCUCUUGUGUUAUUUUUAAAUUGAAGGUUGAGAUUAAAAGAAGGGUGUUUUUGGGAUGAAAAAAACUUACCACACCCAAUCAUUUUCCCUCCCAUAUAAAUUAAUAAAACCCUAAUCUAACUCAGCCCAACUUCACAGCCGUUCACCACCUCCUUCUUCCCUUCCUCCCUUUCUUCCGCGGACGUUUCCGUCGCCGCAUCUCCCUCUUCCUCUCCCAUGCCCACCGCCGCGCCGGCUGUCAUCACCGCGCCUCCGGGGCUCGACGUGCUCUCGGAGGAAGAGAUGAAGAAGAAGAAGGCGGGGGGGGGGGGGGGGGGGGAGGAGGAGGGGGGUCGUUCAAGAAGAAGGUUUCGGAGCUCGCUGACGAAGAAGGGUCGCCGGAACAGCAGGGUGAUGUCGAUCGCCGACGAGAUCGACGCCGAGGAGCUGAGGGCGUGGAUGCUUUCCGGCAGGCUUUGAUUCUCGACGAGCUUCUUCCGGCGAGGCACGACGAUCACCACAUGAUGCUUAGGUUUUUGAAGGCGAGGAAGUUCGACAUUGAAAAGGCCAAGCAGAUGUGGGCGGAUAUGAUUAACUGGAGGAAGGAUUUCGAUACUGAUACUAUUGGUACCAAUACCACUGGUAGCACUAUUGGUACCAAUACCACUGGUAACGCUAUUGGUACGCUACCACUACUCACUGGUACCAAUACUAGUGGCUCCCCUAUCAUCUGGUACCACUAUCAUCUGUUUUUUUUUUUUUUUUUGGUGUUAUUCGCUACUGGUACCGCUACCAAUGCUAGUGGUAGCGCUACCAAUGCUAGUAGCGUUGUGUUAUUCUCUACUGGUAGCGUUGUACUGGUAGCGUACCACUAGUACUGGUACAUAUUUUACUGGUACCGCUAGUACUGGUACAUUUUUAACGUACUGGUAGCGUACCACUAGCACUAGUAUAUUAAUUACCAGUAGACUAAUAGAUUGAUACACUUUUUAACGCAUUGGUACAUUUUUUCAGGUUGCCGGAGGGAGUCUGCCGGAGAGAAUUUGCCGGAGAAAAAGUUUGUCGGUCGAUGCGGAGUGGCUGCUGGAGAAAGGAAGAGAGAGAGAGAGAUAGAUAGAGAUAUUAAUGUAUAGGAUUUAAAUUUCAGAAAAAAUUGUAUUUAAUAUGGGUUUUUAAUACAAAAAGGUAAUUAAUAUAUUCAUUUUUCUCAUAUCCAAAAUACCCUUGGUUGUGAAUCUGACAACCCCCAAGGGGUUGUCACCGUAUCCCGUCCCUUCAUUUAGUUUGGAAAUUUUCUAAAUCGGCAUGAACUUAUUUAAAUUAGGACAAUGCCACUUGUCAAACCGGCAUAUAACGAUAUCAACCGAUUUGAUAACCCUGCCGGUUAUCAUGGUUUGAUCCGUUUCCGGUUUGAGACCGGACAGCUGCACACCCCUACCUAGGGCUGCAAACGAGCCGAGCUGAGCCGAGCUUUUGCCCAGCUCGGGCUCGAACUCGAGAGAGGAUAACUCAGCUCGGGCUCGGCUCGAACUCGAUACGAGCUAUACAAUUCAAGCUCAAGCUCGGCUCGAAAGGAAAAAUUUGAGCUCGGGCUCGACUCGAGCUCGACUCGAUUCUAGCUCGCAAAUGAGCUCAACAAGCCAAAAUCAGCGAGCCAAAAUCCUUUGAAGCUUUUGAUCAAAGCUCGGCUUGACCAAACCUGAAAGUUUCUCUAGUUUUAACAAAAUAUAUAUAAUCAUUCACACAUUUAAUAUCAAAUUACAACCUGUUUGAUUACAACCAUGAUUGAUAUAAUGGCCAGUUGUUCAAUUAAGAAGAACUGACUCUGCUAACCCGUGAUAGCUUCUCCAAUCGCUUGAACCAAACUCCUCCAACUAGUCCAGUUACCCAUCUGUGACUGUAAACGAAAUUUUUUUGUAUCUUUAAUUCGAAGCAACCAAUAUAAAUACUAAAUAGUGAAGAGAAAUAAACAGAAUGGAUACGA